AAGCAUUGUAUAUCUAUGGAUGCUACUAAAAUAGCGGACCUAAAGGUCUUUGUAGAUCGGUGCAAUCUUGAACCUUCUAUUCUACACGACCCGUCUCUUUCCUUCUUCAGAAACUAUCUCCAGAGGUUGGGCGCCCGACUUCCGCAGGGAGAGAAAACGGAGAAAAGUGGUGUAGACAUGGCAGACUCUAGUAAACAUUUUGAUGAUGAGAAACAUAGUUUCCAAAGUGAAAAUGAUGAUGAAAUUUUUGAGUCUGAUAUCGAGUUGGAUGACACAGAUGCUGUUGAGCCCGAUAAUGAUCCUCCCCAAAAGAUGGGAAACCCUUCAGUUGAGGUUCCGGAGGAAAACCGAGAUGGUGCACAAUUGGAAAAGAUAAAAGCCGUGAAUGCAAUCUCCGAAGGUAAAUUGGAUGAAGCCAUGUAUCAUCUAACUGAAGCAAUCAUGUUGAAUCCAACUUCAGCAAUAUUAUAUGCAACUAGAGCUGGUGUCUUUGUUCAACUGAAGAAACCAAAUGCUGCAAUUCGUGAUGCUGAUGCUGCUUUACAAAUAAACCCUGACUCAGCAAAAGGAUAUAAAAUGAGAGGACUUGCAAGAGCAAUGUUGGGCCAAUGGGAGGCGGCAGCAAGUGACCUUCAUACAGCAUCAAAGUUGGACUACGAUGAAGAGAUUGGUUUGGCGCUUAAAAAGGUUGAACCCAAUGUCCACAAAAUUGAAGAACAUCGCAGAAAAUAUGAACGCAUGCGGAAAGAAGUGGAGGUGAAGAGGGCUGACCGUGAGAGGCGACAGAGGGAAGAGGCUCAAGUAAGUUGAUAGUUUCAUGUUCUCGUUU